AUGGAUAUUCGUGUUGCCCGUGUGGAAGAUCUUGCCGGAAUGCAAAACUGCAAUUUAAACAAUUUGCCUGAAAACUAUCAACUGAAGUACUACCUUUACCAUGCAAUCUCGUGGCCUAUGUUGUCAUAUGUCGCUACGGAUCCCAAAGGACGUGUCGUGGGUUAUGUUUUGGCAAAGAUGGAGGAAGAGCCCAAGGAUGGAGUUCAGCAUGGCCAUAUUACUAGUCUUGCUGUUAUGCGUCCCUAUCGUCACCUUGGUUUGGCUAAGAAAUUGAUGCUCCAAAGCCAACGUGGUAUGGUCGAGGUUUAUGGAGCCAAAUACGCCAGUCUUCAUGUCCGUAAAACCAAUCGUACAGCUCUCCACCUGUACCGAGACACCCUCAAGUUUGCUGUUGAAGGAAUCGAGAGCAAGUACUACGCUGAUGGAGAAGACGCUUAUGCCAUGCGUAAGGACUUGACCAAUUUCAAUCCCAAAGAAGAGGAGCAAGCGAACGAACUGGCCCAAACUUUCGAACAGCUUGGCAUCUAA